CUGGCUACACCCUUGCUGGAAUCCACAUAUAUUUUCCAACAAGUUAACAACCCUCCAGUUGAUUUAUAGCAAAAAAUAACAGAAAACAAGGCGUCUCCCUCCCUUCUUUUUAAAUUUUUUUUCCAAUUUUUUUCAAUAGUAAUGCAUGAAGCCAUUCCAUUUUUACCUUUACCUGUCGCUUUAACUUGCCUUUUUAUGAAUGUUGUAUUGCCUGGUUCCGGAACUAUUUUUAGCGGUUUUGCAGCUCUUUGUAUGGGGCAACCUCGUGUUAAUAUUAAAGAAGGAAGGAAAUUGGUUACACUUUUUGUUAAUUUUGUUGUUGGGAUAAGCCAAUUUUUUACCAUUACCUUUAUGUUUGUUGGCUGGUUUUGGUCUAUUGCUUGGGGUGGUCUGUUAACUAUACACGCAAUGCAAUAUCGAGAAGCUUUGCAACAAAGGAGGAGUGAAGCUGUUGCUACUGCUGCAAUAGAAGCAUUAACUAAAGAUUCAAUUUUACAUCGUCGUGAUGUCAAAACUUUAGUCAAACAACACAAGGAUAGAGGAAAGGAAGAGAAGGGUAAAGCUGAAGCAGCAGCAAAAGCAGCAAGUAAAUCACAAACAAAAUUAGCAGUAGAGAAUGGCACAACUACAAAUAAUUUAAAAUUAACUCCAAUUGAUAUUUUUAAUAGUAACAAAAAUAAAAUUGUACCCUCAAAUUGAA